UAGUCGCGCCGCGGCUUGCCGUACAUCACGCAGUGUUAUUCUCCCAUUAUUUCAUGAUUUUUUAACAGUUUUAAGUGAAAUUCUUGUGAUAUAUAGGUUUUAGAUUAAAGUUCUAAGGUUAUUAAGUCAUGUUGGACCCUCAAUUGGCUCAGAUUGAUACAGAUUUGUUGAUUAAAACUGUAAAAGAGCGCCCUUGUUUGUAUGCGCGCGACUCGUCAAAGUAUGGCGAUGCGAGCUACAAAAAGGUUAUGUGGGAAGAGGUUGCAAGUAUUUUGUUCUCUGAUGUCUGGGAGAAAUAUAAUGACGAUGAAAAAGCCGAGAAAGCGGAACUCGCACAAAGACGGUGGAGGAACCUGCGAGCAUGCUUCCGCAGAGAACUAAACCGACAAAUGGACCCAAAAUGGAUAUACGGAGUUUCAUAUAAGAGACGUAAAUACAUAUACUACAAUGACCUUCUCUUCCUUCGAUCAGAAGUAGACAUCGGCGAUGAUGACACCUCACAAGACAAAGACAUAGACCUACCAGUCAAGACAGAUGAAGAUACCACAACAGUGACAGUCGAUACAAAUAUAGAAGAAAUCCCCAUUUCAGAAACCAGACCUGUUCUAAAGACUAAAACAGAAAAAGUAGAAGUUGUAACACCAGAACCUAUAGAAAUUAGUACGAAAAGUGAACCAGACAGCACUAAUUUCGCUUUAUCGCUAGUCCCUAUGUUAAACAUGUUGCCUGUCUACAAAAGAAUUGACGCUCAAAUAUCUAUAUUGACAGUUUUAAAGAAGUUUCUACAGAAUGAAGGAGAGGAUGAUUUGGAGAAAGAAGUAGAAGUUAGGAAGGAAAAAAAGAAGAAUGAUUAUAGUAGGAAACGUAAAGUUAAUGAGACGACUGUUUGUGUUGAAAUUAAGAGUGAGGCUGGAAGUGAUGUGGAUGAUGUUUUAAAUUAUCUUUAGUGUAGUUUACUUAGUAAGUAUGAAAUAUAUUUUGUUCUGGUUGAA